UUAGCUCUGAUAGUUGACAGUAAAAUUACAGCCAAUUAGUGUCAAUUUUUACUUUUACUUAUUACUGUCGAGGGUGAGCUAUUUCCAAGUCUGAAAAUUUCGUACUGGAUGUGAAUUCGCCUACGUUAGCUAAUUAGAUAUGUCAUCGCAGCUGUAUUCGAGACAGAUAACGUAAAGUGACCGCAAAAUUCUCAUCUUCAAUUUUUGUAUUUUCAUUGGAAUUUAGUGUACUAACUUACAUGCGUGUUUGAACAUGGGUAGAUUCUAAAGCAAAAGAAAACAUAAUGGAUGUUGAAAAACGUCAAUAUAUCUGUUCUUAUAAUAAAUUAUAAGGCUUUUUUUUUACUAAAUUGAAAAUGAAUACUGGUGGUUGAAUGAUUUUGUUUUUUAGAGUUUUGUGAAAAUUGAAAUAUUCAUACGUUUUGUUCGUAAUAUCUUGCAAAGUGAAUAAAAAUUUACAAAAUGGCAGAAUUUGUUCGUGGAGGUCCUAGUAUAUCCAGUAAUAAGAUUGAACAUUCUGUAAAAGGAGGAUCUCCUAGUACUGGCAGCGAAGACGGUACACUCAAUGAAUUAUUGAAUGUAGAGAAUGAAUUCGAUCCAUUUCUCGAAAAUAUACCAGAUGAUCCUCAUGAUGCUGAAGAACAAGAUAGUGCUAAUGCAACGUUAUUAACUGCACCUCCAGAAAAUCAAUGGUAUCAUGGACGACUUGAUCGAUUUACGGCUGAAGAGAGACUAUGGGAUGCGAGCAAAAUGGGUAGUUAUUUGGUCAGAGAGAGUGACAGAAAACCCGGAAGUUAUGUUUUAUCUUAUUUGGGACGAACUGGCAUUAAUCACUUUAGAAUUACAGCUGUUUGUGGGGAUUAUUAUAUUGGCGGUCGUCAGUUUAAUAGUUUAUCUGAUUUAGUAGCAUAUUAUACUCGAUGUUCAGAUUUAUUAAAGAGGGAACGGCUUAUGCAUCCAACACCACCUCCAGAGCCUGUAAAUGAUAAAAAACGAAUAGUCGCUAUUUUGCCAUAUACAAAAAUGCCAGAUACCGAUGAAUUAAGUUUUCAAAAAGGUGACAUAUUUUUUGUUCAUAAUGACAUGGGAGAUGGUUGGUUGUGGGUUACUGCCCAUAGAACGGGUGAACAAGGCUUGAUAUUCCGUGAAUUAGUUGAAGAUCUGGAUGAUUCUAUCGAUCCAAAUACAGUAUUUUCAUGGUUUCAUCCUAAUGUAACUAAAUGUGAGGCAGUUGAUAUGCUGGUAAAAGCAGGACCAGGAAGCUUCUUAGUCAGACCAUCAGAUAAUAGUCCGGGAGAUUAUUCAUUAUUUUUUCACAUUAAUAAUCAAAUACAACGGUUCAGAAUUCAAAAAAAAGGCGUAAGAUAUCUCAUGGGUGGUAGAACUUUUGAAUGUCUUGAUGCAGUUAUUAAUCGGUACAGAAAAGAACAAAUCGUGGAAGGCCAUACAUUGGUUCAAGCGAUGGUAACUGAACCAGAUGGAAGUGUACGAGUCAAUAGAGAAGUGCAACAUGCAGAAAAAAUUUAUGCAACUUUAAGAGAAUGUCGCGAACAGUCAGGAGCUAAGAAGAAUAAAGGCAUUAAAAUGCAAGGCUAUUUAGAAAAAAAAUCGGAGAAAAAUAAAAAAUGGAAAGCCUUGUAUUUUGUACUUCUUGUUGACGGAACUGACACUCAUUUAUACUUAUAUGAUAAUCCAAAACGAACGAAACCCAAAGGGCUCAUCGAUUUAAGCUGUGCUUAUCUUUAUCAGGUUCAUGAGAGUGUAUUUGACAGACCACAUUGUUUUCAAUUAGUUGAACGUGCUCUUCCUUGUUUAGCCACUGUGACAUAUUUAGCUGCAUCUAAUUCUGAACAUGCUCAAGAAUGGAUUAAUACUUUGAAGCCUCUAUGUGUAUCACAAUUAACUCGAGCACCAAAAGUUGCACGUUUACGUGAACUACGAUCUUUACAUCUUCAUAUUUUGGAUGCACACAGGCUCCCUUACAAAUUAGUACCAAAUCCUUUCAUCAUAGUUGCGCUUAAUAAUGUUAAAGUAGCUCGAACGAAAGUUAAAACUGGUUUACAUCCACUUUGGGAUGAAGAAUUUAUUUUAGAGGAUGUGCCUCCUGAUGUCAUGUCAUUCUCCCUCACCCUUUAUAAUAAAGGAAAACGAAGUAAGGAUACUGAAGUUGCAGAACUAUCAAUAGAAUUAACUAAUCUAGUAAAUGGUGAGGAAAUGGAUGAUUGGUAUCCGUUAUCUGGAAUUACACCCAUUGGAGAAUGGGGAGCAUUACGACUUCGUAUACGAUAUCGACAUGAUUUGGCUAUGCCUCCUGAAGAGUAUAGCCCGUUGCAAGAAUUAUUGUUAAACCCAGAGCUGCACGUUGUUCGUGCUUUAGCAGAUGUGUGCCAUUUGGAUAGAAUACCAUUAGCCAAUAGUCUUCUUAGAAUAUUCAGACAUGAACGAAAAGAAGCUGAUUUAUUACGUUCAUUAAAUCAAGCUGAAGUUGAUAAAGAAGAUGAAACCCCAACAUUAUUCAGAGCAGCUAGUCUUACUACAACUUUGAUGGAUCUUUACAUGAAAUCAAUUUGUACACCUUUUUUAAAAGCUGCAUUACGUGAUACUAUUAUUAAAAUAAUUGAAAGCAAACAAAGUUGUGAAUUAAAUCCAACGAAAAUGGAUUCACCAGAUGAUGCUUGUAAUAAUGCUGAAUUUUUAUUACAAAUUUUGGACGAGAUAACACUGAGUAUUUUUACGAGCCCUGAUGCAUGUCCUAAAACUUUAAGGUACAUCUGUGGAUGCUUACAAAAAGCAGUAGUUACUAAAUGGCCUCAUGAAAGACUUGUAAGAACCCGAGUUGUAAGUGGGUUCAUCUUUUUACGUUUAUUAUGCCCAGCUAUUUUAAAUCCUCGAUCAUUUAAUUUAAUUGCUGAACCACCACCACCUGCCGCAGCAAGAUCGCUAGUUAUGGUAGCUAAAUGUCUGCAAAAUUUAGCCAACUUAGUUGAAUUCGGAGGCAAAGAGCCAUAUAUGGAAGUUGUAAAUCCUUUUAUACUAAAAAACAAAGAGAGAAUGGUUGUAUUUCUCGAUCAGUUAUCGAAUGUCACAGAAAAACCAGAGCCUGAAAGUGCAGACAUUAGAAAUAAAAAUUCAUCAGACACAGCGAGAGAUUUAGCGACAUUACAUCAUAUUUGUGUUUCUCAUUUACGUGAGCUCCAAGUUCUUUCGAAAACUCAACCGACAAUAAAGCAAUUAGUAACAGUGACCGAAAUGCUGAGCAAGCAUAAACAAAAAUACAUGGAAAUGAUACGGUAGUGAUGUUAAUUCAAAACAUGAUUUUCAUUGAACAUAACGAUAUUUAAUAAAAGUAAUCUUGAUGUAGUAAUUUAUGAUACGUACAAUACCGCUUUAAUCAAUGAAUUAAACUUUUCAGACUGACGUAGUUAAUUUUAUAUAAAUAUAUACACAUAUAUAUCUCAAGCUUUUCCUGUCAAUUUAUCGUAAGCGAUAAGCUUAUAUAUUUAAUUUUUUUUUAUAGUAACAAACAUUGAGCAAAAUAAUUAUAACUGAAAGAUAUAUUCUUUUGAGAACUUUACCAUAUGUCGAUUACGAAUAAUUAACGAAAAGAAAAGCUCGAUAUAUACAUAUUAAUGCGAGUGAGUGUGGGUGUGAUACUUUACAAGUGAUACGAUGCCAUGAAAAAAUACUUAUACUGAUUUUAUAAUAACUACAAUUAUUUAGCUACUUCAUAAUCGAUACUAAUAAUACUAGGAGUAGUAGUAGUGUUUCUUACGCAAUUUCUGACUAAUUUCAUAGAAAUCAAAUGGAUUUUGAUGAUGACCUAAAUAUGUAUAAAGUUUUUUAACAUAACAAUAUUGGUUCCUAAGCGUCUUGUUUUAAGGUUUACAUUAUUUUAUACUCUGUAUUUUUUUCGUCAUUUUUUAUAUCAUCAAUUUAUCUGAAAGAUCUAUCGAAAAUUAUUGUUUUGUAUUCUAGGACUGAUUUGAAUACAUGAGUGCAUGUAACCAAAUACUAGAAUGGUGAUUUUUAUAUUGAUAUGUUUAAGUUAUAGUGAUAUCAUUUUUUAUAUUUCAAGAAUUGUGAUUCUGAAAAAUUUAGAAAAAAAAACGAAAACUGUAUUAAAAAAAAUUUU